GGAAGCAACAAGCACUCUAGUGUAGCCCAAUUGAACAGGAAUCUAUUGCUAUGGCCAUGAAGUGCCUUUUGGUAUUCACGCUAAUUUUGGCCACUAGUCUGGCAGUGCCCCUGCAGCUGAUUCAGUUGGGCGAUCUCUUUGCGGGAGUGGAGCAGCAACAGCAAGCGAGGCAACAAGAUGUUGUCAAGCGUCAAGUGCAGGCCAAUGCGGAUGGUCAAUUGAAGCAGAUCUCAUUCCAUGGUCUAAUUGGUGAUUUGGAGAACAGUCUUUUCGAAUCGGCUCUGAGUUUGCAUGGUGCCAGUGCUCCGGAUAGUGAGAUAUCUGAGAUAAAACCCGGCCAGGCAGAUGAGGGGGAUUCAGAGCAUGCCAUAACGAAGAGAUCGGAUGAGUCGACCGUUACCACAGAUAGUCCGUCUUCUUCCCCAGUGUCCACCAGCAGCUCCGCUGAGGAUGCACAAACUCGUAAGAUACUAUUGCAGACUACCCGUAAAGUGCCAAGCAAUGAUGAUGUGCCAGCACAUUUGAUCAUUGAUCAUGUGUCCGUUCAGCCACACAAUGGUGGAUCAGUGCCAUUGAUACCCACCUUCCAGGUGCAUCGCACCAAGGUUAUCUCGAUUAAAGAGGAUGUCAGCAGCGAUGAUAGCACCGAUGGCAAGCAGACAAAGAUUAGUAUAACCAAAACCUCCAUCACAUCCACCGCACCCCUAGAGCCAAGUGCUGAUACUCAGAGCACCAGUUCCACCCAGACAGAGGAGGUUAAUUCCAGUUCCAGCACCAGCACCAGCAGUUCUCCCAGCUCAACAACAACAGCAACAACUGAGGUUAGCUCCAGCUCCUCGGAUUCUUCCUCUAGUUCGAGCAGCACCACCACUACCACCACUAGCAGCACCACCACCACCACUGAACAACCCUUGGAGAAACUCAAAAAAGAUGAGGAGAAAUUAAAGGAGAAGGUCGCUGAGGUUGAGGCUGAUCCUGUCAUUCUAACCACUCGGGUCUAAUCCACGCCUCCACAUCCACCUCCCUAUAGCUAUAAGCCAUCUCUCUCUCACACACACACACAUAUACUCGCUCGCAUAUUUAUGACACGCCAAGUUCAAUUAAAGUCAUGUGAUUUGUUUACUUUUUUUUUUGAGAUCUGAAA